AUCGCGAGAACAGAGCACGGGAUUUGUGAAGGCCGGGAUUUUCAUUCAUCAUACCGAGGUUGAACGAUGGCCACUCCGGACGUGCGGCUAAAUCAUACAAUCUACAUCAACAACUUGAAUGAGAAAAUCAAGAAAGAUGAGUUGAAAAAGUCGCUGUACGCCAUCUUCUCUCAGUUUGGACAGAUCUUGGACAUCUUGGUGGCACAAAACAUUAAAAUGAAGGGUCAAGCCUUUGUUAUUUUCAAAGAGGUUAACAGCGCUUCAAAUGCUCUGAGAUCCAUGCAGGGAUUUCCUUUCUAUGACAAACCCAUGCGAAUCCAGUAUGCCAAGAUGGACUCGGACAUCAUAGCUAAAAUGAAAGGGACAUAUGUGGAGCGUGACCGUAAAAAGGAGAAGAAGAAGAUCAAAGGAGCCGAUACAGCUGGAGCUAAGAAGGGUGUACCGGGAGCUGCUGCACCCAUGGUUGCUGGUGUACCUGCUGCCAUGCCUGGAAUGCCUCCAAUGAGCCAGGCUCCACGUAUGAUGCACAUGCCAGGCCAGCCACCUUAUAUGCCCCCUCCUGGCAUGAUGCCUCCUCCGGGCAUGGCACCUGGCCAGAUGAUGCCCGGACAGAUGCCUGGACAAAUGCCCCAGCAGGUUGCAGAAAAUCCUCCGAAUCACAUCCUCUUCCUCACCAACUUGCCAGAGGAAACAAACGAGCUCAUGCUCUCCAUGCUCUUCAACCAGUUCCCCGGGUUCAAGGAGGUGCGUCUGGUCCCUGGUCGCCACGACAUCGCCUUUGUGGAGUUUGACAAUGAAGUGCAGGCCGGCGCCGCACGAGACGCACUGCAAGGCUUUAAGAUCACACAGGCAAACGCCAUGAAGAUUUCAUUCGCUAAGAAAUAACCUCUUAAGACCGUUGUUUCUUGCGUGCUCACACACACACACACAGGGCUUUUUAAUAAUGUUCAGCAGUGACCCAAACUGAGACAUUUCUUAGAGAAAUUGACAUUUGCUGAUCAUUGCAGCACGAGCGGUGUACUUUUCUCUUCUUCUUCGAGGAUUACAUGUAAGUAUACGUGUAGGGGUAUCGCAGCUGGUUUUGACUUUAUACUGAAAUCCAUGUCAUCUCUUUUGGUUUGUUUGUUUUUACUGUUUGUGAUGAAGCAUUGCACCCAGGGUCUGGUCUACCAGACAUUGUACCUGGAGCUUUUUCUUUUUAUAAUUAAAACCUUUCUUUGAGACUGUG